AUGGAAAAGUUUUACACACAAAUUGCAUUUAAUAUCUGCCUGGGUCAUGAGCUGAUACGUCUUCAUGCGGAUGGUCCGAACAAGCCAGCAGCCGAAGUAAACUCCAGGUCAUCUCAAAAGGCUGUCAACGUUGAAAGAAACCAACAGGCGCCUGGAAAAGGAACAAAAGCCGCAAGAAAAAAGUCGCCAAGACUGCACUGUUCCUGUCGAAGUCCUACAUCAUUCAACGCUCUUCCCUGGCUUAUUCAGAGCGAGACGUCUGCUCAACUCGGCCACCUUCUCGCCGGCACAUUGUGCGUUGCAUAUAAGCCCCCUGAUUUUGGCAGCUUCUUCUUCAACAUCACCAACUGCGGCGAGAAGGACGCCCUGAAGGCCAAAUUCAAGCGCAUCUGUGACAAGUCGGGGAUCCGCAAGCGCCACAUGUUCCUCACGGAGGAGGUGCUCAAGGCUAACCCCGGCAUCUGCACGUACAUGGAGCCCUCCCUGAACGUCCGCCACGACAUCGUCGUCGUCCAGGUCCCCAAGCUCGCCGCGGAGGCAGCCCAGAGGGCCAUCAAGGAGUGGGGCGGCCGCAAGUCUGACAUCACCCACAUCGUGUUCGCCACCACCAGCGGCGUGAACAUGCCCGGAGCCGACCACGCCCUGGCCAAGCUGCUGGGCCUGAAGCCCACGGUGAAGCGGGUCAUGAUGUACCAGACCGGGUGCUUUGGCGGUGCUUCCGUGCUCAGGGUGGCCAAGGAUCUGGCGGAGAACAACAAGGGCGCCAGGGUGUUGGCGGUGGCCAGCGAGGUCACGGCCGUCACAUACCGCGCACCCAGCGAGAACCACUUGGACGGCUUGGUGGGCUCGGCCCUGUUCGGCGAUGGCGCCGGAGUGUACGUGGUGGGAUCCGAUCCCAAGCCGGAGGUGGAGAAAGCACUGUUCGAGGUGCACUGGGCGGGCGAGACGAUCUUGCCAGAGAGUGAUGGAGCCAUUGAUGGGCAUCUGACGGAGGCGGGGCUCAUCUUCCACCUCAUGAAGGACGUGCCAGGGCUGAUCUCCAAGAACAUCGAGAAGUUCUUGAACGAGGCCAGGAAGUGCGUCGGUUCGCCCGAUUGGAACGAGAUGUUCUGGGCGGUGCACCCGGGAGGCCCGGCCAUUCUGGACCAGGUGGAGGCGAAGCUGAAGCUGACCAAGGACAAGAUGCAGGGGAGCAGGGACAUACUGUCGGAGUACGGCAACAUGUCGUCGGCGUCGGUGUUGUUCGUGCUGGAUCAGAUUCGCCAGAGGUCGGUCAAGAUGGGGGCGUCGACGCUGGGAGAGGGCAGCGAGUUUGGCUUCUUCAUUGGAUUCGGUCCGGGGCUCACCCUGGAAGUGCUGGUCCUCCGGGCCGCGGCCACCGUUUGAGUUGUAGCAACGGGCACGGGCAAAUCAAUAUCGUCUCCCUGGUUUUCCUUUUGCGCGCUGGAGUGGAGAUCGUAUGAGUGAGCGAAUUAUGAUGAUUCAUGGGUCAGAAAGCAUCCAGGUUGUGGCACCAGAGGGUUUUACAUUCAGGUCUGCAGCAAAUGGACUUUCGAUGAAAUUUGGUCAGUUGGAUCAGCGCGCUACCGCCUCCGUCCACCAGGGGUUCUGCAGCGGCGACGGCGACAGAGGAGGUCGCAUGGACAGUUGCAAGUUGCUGAGACGUUGGAGCGGGCACAAAUGUCCAAGGCAGGGAUCAUGUUGGAGGGGUGAAAGGACUUGAAGUGUUCUGAGUUGCCUUUCGAAGGAGGGCAGGAAUUAUUUACGUAAUCUGCAGCCAUGCUUAGUCACAUGGUUUGAGAAAUUGUAGGAACUGUGCGAUUCUUGUUGAUAUGAGGCACAAUUUAUGAGCAUUUUGCAAGUUGAAUGUGUGGCGACAUUUUGCCCCACCCGAAGUGUGGUUUUAGUUAAAAAGCAUUUGAUGCAGAGAUCACUUUAUUUGGUUCCUCAAAGAACAAAAAUAAACAAAUUGGUAACUUGCAAAAGUAACUAGUUCACUUUUUGAGAA